AUGUCCUCGGUCAAGAGCGCCUCGGCGCCGAUCUACUUUGGCUCGUUCCUGGUGACUCCUCAAGUAAAUUCCCCUUCUCACCUGUCCAAUCGCUCGUCAAAACAUGAAAAACUGACCGAGGUAUCAACACAGGUCUUCCACCAAACACCACUAUCCUUUGCGCUCGUCAACCUGAAACCUAUCCUCCCCGGCCAUGUCCUUGUCUCACCUCGCCGAGUCGUCCCCCGAGUCGCAGAUCUCACCCCCGCCGAAACCAGCGACCUCUUCUUGACCGUCCGGCGCGUCGGCCGCAUGGUCGAGCGGCUCUACGGCGCGACAAGCCUCAACAUCGCAGUGCAAGACGGCGUGCAUGCUGGUCAGAGCGUGCCACACGUCCAUGCGCAUAUCAUCCCCCGCAAGCCUGCGGAUCUCGACCCGAUCGAUGCUGUUUAUGACAUGCUAGACGGAGAAGAAGGAGAUGUAGGCAAGGCACAGCGCGAAGCGCAGACGGGUCUCCCUGCCGACUCCGAGCGAGCCAAGAACCGCCCGCGAUUCCCCGUCGUUGACAAUGAGGAGCGCAAGCCUCGUACCGCGGAGGAAAUGAAAGCCGAGGCGAAGAUGCUGGAGCGCGAGAUGGAGAAGGAGUCCCUUGACUAG